AUGGUAGCAAUUCCCCGCCGUCCAUUUGAAAAGGAACGAAUUGACCAGGAACUUCGUUUAAUUGGUGAAUUUGGUCUUCGAAACAAACGUGAAAUCUGGCGCGUAGCUUAUACACUCUCAAAUAUUCGUCGUGCUGCACGUGAACUACUCACGUUAGAUGAUAAAGAUCCUCGUCGGCUUUUCGAAGGAAAUGCUUUGAUCCGAAGGCUUGUUAGAAUUGGUGUCUUAGAUGAGACUAAAAUGAAACUCGACUAUGUCUUGGCUUUGAAAAUUGAAGACUUCUUGGAACGAAGGUUACAAACUCAGGUUUUUAAAUUGGGUUUGGCCAAAUCAAUUCAUCAUGCUCGUGUCCUCAUUAGGCAACGUCAUAUUCGGUAA